CGGAUUGAAGUAGAUGCAAAUGAUCAACAAGUAAUAUCAGAACUAUACCCAAGUGGUUUCUUAAUUUUGCGUUGUAUGUUUGUCAGAUUCUAAAUAGUUUUUAUUUCAUAGUAGACAAAGUAAACACACGGGUCCUAGUUGAUUUCCUGGAAUAUUAUGGCUAGGCCACUUUAAUUCCAAUAGUAGCCAGAGCACAGGACCUAACGUGCAAAUCGGGGCCACAUUCGACAUAGUACCGGUGGCUAAACUAUUGCGCUAUGUGCCAAAAGUUCCACGUUUGUCAAUUGAAUGUACAUUGGUUUCAAGUAAACAGUUGCGUAUUUUGUGUUGGUGUUCACUCAUUGUAAAGUAGUGAAGGUAAAGGUAGGAAAAAUAAUUCAUAAUUUGCAGCGCCAUUUUGUUGAAUUUGCAUUACUCCUCCCGACGUGAUUCAUUUCAAGCGGCUGUUCUUCCAUAUACUUCUGUUUUUUGCAGCAAUGUCUCAUUAAAUUUUGAGCUUCACGAACUGAGAUUAGAUUUGUCUUAUAUCACACUAGGGGUCUAAACACGUUAUAUCGUCAUUGCGGACUUAUAAAAUCAUUUCUAUCUCGUCUAUCAUAUUCCUAUGUCUAUAUUAAACAAAACAAAACAAAAAUAAAAUGAUCAGAUAUUGUAAAAUGAAUGAGUAACAGUAAUAUGAAAUGCAUAAUCUUUAUGUACUUGUAGAUAUUCCACAUAAAUCCUGGUCUCUGGAUCAACCUCAUAAGCCCGUGUUCACAGAUUCCACACACAGAGAGCAGAUGUCAGAACUAUAUGAGGGCGACUGCAAUCAACUGCUAGAUGUCGUGUCGUCAUGGUGGGAACUGCAUGGAAGCGUUAAUAUGCUGAAAGUAUUACUUAGCGAGUUUGACUGUAUUCAUGUAACCAAACUACAAGAGCUGAAUAAGCCAAUAGAACUGUUUCGAUUGCUUUUAGGUAAUGGUCUUAUUAGCCAAUCAAACAUUGAUGUUCUUGUCGAGGUUGUAAUUUUAUGCGAGCAGCGUGGUGUAGAAUUGAAGAUCAAGAAAAUGGAACCAACAUUUCCAGAUUUAAGUAAAGUUGUAAUACGUAACUUUUCAGAUCAUCGAAGAAAUUUGAUAAAAUUCGGCACAGCUAUGAGCAAAGACAAUAAAGAUCGCAUUGGUUAUUGGUAUGACCUUAACGUUAAAAAACUACCAGAUCCUUGGUGCCUAAUAUUGGAACUGGAAUACAGAAAAAUACUUACUGUGGACACAAGAAAAGAAUUCAUUAAAAGGCUUAUGAAAAAUGAAAUGAUAGCCGAAGCUGAAGCACUUAACACGUUCUAAAGCUAUUGGUAUGAAAUCUUCUUUUUCAUCGAAAUAUAAAAGUUGAAAACAACUUUUAUAUUUCGAAUGAAAAAUAAAUUAUAAAAUAAAUGAUUUAUUCCAAAUAAAUUUGUUUAAAGGAAAUUCUAAAGCUAUUUACAGCCAUAUAACAUGAUUGUAGUAUUGCACCAUCUUACUUGUGUAAUAAUAUUUAUAUGGUUUGACCAGCAUAGAUAUUGAACGAAAUAUGCCCACUCAUAACAUUAUUCCACCAUUUUCAAGCUGCUCCGUAAUUAAUGGCUUAUUGAAAAUCGCUGUAGAAUGUUUGGAACAAAAUUACUAUAACAAUUCAAAAUAGUCCGUUCUAGCUUUUUAAAAAUAGAUUAUAAGAAGAAAUUUUCCUAAUUAUUGAUUAAGCCUGCAGUUUCCAUAAAAAUCGCUACACGCUCUCCGCCGACUGCUUUGGUGAUGCUGAUUGGUCAGUCGAAUCAGGGAAUGUUCCCGAUUGCGUCGGGGACAGCUGCGCAGUGCAAUAUUGCAGUGAAAACGCUGCGACUGUGUACGAUUCUAUGGAAACCAAGCUUCAGAUAAUUCAAAUGUAAAUGACAUCUUCCUGUUCUUUGUUUUGAUUGCUGUUUUGUUAGCCUUCUUAAUAAUUAAUUGUGUAAAUAAUAAAAAUGGUGACAAUGUUAUCCUAGAGUAGGUUAAUGAUCAAGAGAAACAGAAAUUGGUAGAACAUUAUUGAUACACAAGCUUUCGUCGUGCAUGCAGUGUGAAUGUAAUGAACAAUAUCGUACUUAAAGAUGUAAAAAAAAUGUGUGAUUGAAUGAAAUUGACAUCGGUUUAGAGAUUAUGAUUUCAAUUCUAGUUGUAUUUAAUUGGUUAAGGUGGGCUGUCACUUGAGAGAAAUAUUCAUUACAUUGGAGGGUGGUUAGCGAUGGCUUUGAUUAUACAAGUAACGACAAGUAUUUAUAUAAUUAAAAAACUCGGGUGCAAAAUGCAUUUGCAAUAUUUUGCGUUUUAAUUCUCAUUACAAUACCUGUAUAUAUAUUUUUGUAUAUUUAUCAGUAUCAGCUCUUUUAUGUAUAGUAUUAUCAGUGUUAUUUGUUUUAAUGUACUUUUUCCUUAAUUUCAAGUUUUCAAAUGCAUUUUAUAUGGCUUGACUUGUGUUAAUAAAUUAUUAUAAAUAUAUGUUUUAUAGUAUUAUAGUAUUAUAUAAGUUUAUAUAAUAUAUAAACUUUAUAUCCCUGGAUAAAGCAGAAAACAAAGGAACUUAAGUUUUGAGCGUUUGACUAUCACUGUAAUCUUGUUCACAAUGAAACACGAUGGAAAAUUGUGUCAGAGAUUGUCGGGGCCAGCCAUUCUUCCCCCCCCCCUACCCCACCCCUCAAUCUUGCUUUAAAAGUGUUGUUCUAUAUGUUUGGAAGAUAAGGACUUCCACCAUCUCCAAUUAACAUUGGGCUGUUGGACCUGAUGUGAUGGCUUCCU